AUGAAUGGCAAGUUGUUCUCCUUCUUGGUGGGCAUCUUCUCUAUCCUCAACACCAUCCAGUUCCUCAUCUUUGACUUGAACCAGAGUACAUUGAUUGGCUAUGAAGAUAAGUUCAGUGUCUACAUGGACACAAACUCUGACUUAGUCGCUUGGGUCAUCUUCAACAGGAAGGACAUCAGCAUCACCCUCUCCACCAUCACCAUCGUGGUCAGCUUGUUGCUCCUCUAUUGCGUUCACAUAAACAACUACGUGGGGCUGCUGUGCUAUGCCUUGUGGAUGGUCACCUGCGAGCUCAUCAACUUCUCCAUUGUCCUGCUCAUCAACGGGACCGUCAAAGAGGCGUUCAAAGAGCUUAGUUACCUGGAGUUGGUCCUCCAAAUCUCCCGCAUGCUCUUGUACUUCUGCUGUCUGCCCUUCAUCACCAAGUACAUGUACACCCUUUACAAGGACCCCAAGAUGUUUGGCAAGAUAGGUCGCCGCAGGCAGUCCUCCAUCAGUACAGUCGAUUCGUGGGCGCCUGUUGGGCUGGGAACGUUGUACCGCAAGAUAAACUGA